AUGGACUACGGAAAUACAUCGCCGAGCCAGAACAAAUCAGGCCGCGAGAAGCAUGCAGGUGCAGUGGAUUCGAACAUCCAGAGUCUACCAGGCGAGCUUGUCGACUGCGUCACUACAGCUGACAAGCCUAGCCCUCGCAACAUCCAUGGUUGGAAGUGGGCUAUCUCUUACUCCGCUAUGCUAUCUACGACGCUCCUAUUUGCUCUUGACAACACCAUCGUCGCCAACAUCCAACCAGCCAUCAUCAACGACUUCGGCCACCUCGAGCUGCUAACAUGGGUUGGAACUGGCUUUGCCCUCGGCACCAUGUUCAUUCUGCUCUGGGGAAAGGUCUACGGCGUCUUCAACAUUAAGUGGGUCUACAUCUUCAACAUCUUCUUGUUUGAGGCCGGCAGUGCCCUUUGUGGUGCUGCUCCAAACAUCGAGGCCCUUAUCAUUGGUCGUGUCAUUGCUGGCGUCGGUGGCUCUGGCAUGUACUCGGGUACUCUGACCUAUGUAUCGGUUCUUUCCAAUGACCAGGAGAAGCCCGCGUAUCUUGCUGGGAGCACGGUCGUUUGGGGGGUUGGCAGCGUCCUGGGUCCAGUGGUCGGCGGCGUGUUUGCGGCAAGUAGUGCCACUUGGAGGUGGGGAUUCUAUGUCAAUCUUCCCAUUGGCGCUGCUUUUGCACCCAUUUAUUUCCUACUAUUUCCCAGCGUUGACCCUUAUCCAUCCAAGACGCUCGCCGAAAAGUUCCGUCUCAUCGACUGGAUCAACGCCGCUAUUUUCCUUACUGGCUCCGCCUGCCUGACUGUCGUGCUCACCUUUGGCGGAGUCAUCUACCCGUUUGGUUCCGGAACUGUAAUUGCGCUAUGGACGGUCACGGGCAUUUUCCUUGUCGCCUUCAUCAUCACGCUGAAGCUGCACCCGCUGGUUACCAAUCAGAAUCGCCUGUACCCUCUGCAUUUCUUCAAGCAGCCCACAUUAAUCAACAUGCAGCUUCAAGUUUUUCUAUCCUCGGGAAUCAUUCUGGCUAUGACUUACUAUAUACCCCUGUAUUUUCAAUUCGUCAAGGGCGAUGGCGCACUCGAGGCUGGCGUUCGUCUACUACCAUUGAUUAUGUUCAUGGUCGUCGCCUCAAUGGCCAACGGCUUCCUGAUGCCUAGAUAUGGUUUGAUCCCUGUCUGGUACAUCGGAGGCAGUGCGCUUGCACUUAUUGGCACAGCUCUGAUGUACACCGUUGAUAAUAACACGUCCAACGCCAAAAUCUACGGAUACAACAUUCUUGUAGGAACUGGUGCAGGAUGCUACAUCGUUGCAGGCUUUGCCAUCGUCCAGUCAUUAGUUCCCGUUCACGACAUAGCCAACGCCGUUGGCGCCAUGACAAUCUCUCAAGACCUCGGUAUGGUCCUCUUCCUCGCCAUCAGCGGCAGCCUCUUCCAUAAUGUAGCCGUCGACAAAGUCGGUAAGGCUCUCCCAAACUUCUCCCCCGCGGAGAUCGGGAACCUCAUAGCAGGAUCAAGCAGCAAGGCUUUUCAAGCACUAUCCGACGCGGAAAAAGCUUUGGUCAUCCCGGAGAUUGCCAGUGCCAUGACCAGCAUAUGGGCUUUUUUCCUUGCAGCUGCUGCGCUAAGCGUGGUAUGCUCUGUUCCAUUAUUGAAUGCCAAACUCAGCGGUGGGGUGAAAACUGUAGCGAUGGCUGCAGCGUAA